UAAUUAGGUGUCAGAUGCCCUUAGUAUGCUGAGACUGAGGUUUGGGGAGCCGGUUCGAUUCAAAUUUCUUAUAGGAAUGCUAAACAGUCAAAAUAGUGGAGCCUUUCAAAUCGCCUGCUUGAGAUUUCUGAACACAUAUAUAGAGAGUGCAGACGGUGCUCGUGAGCGUAUUCAUAUUCAAUCUGAACUAGAACAAGCUGGACUAGAUAUACAACAACUUCAUAAACUUCUUAGUCAGGUUGGGAGCAAAUCUGAGCUGUUGAAAGAUGAACUUAGCAGAUGGCAGCAAAACUAUAUUGAUGUAAACCAUCUUGUUCUAUCAAAACUAGAAUUAGAAUCCAAGGUUCAGAAACUUGAAACAGAACUCUCAAAACUCAGGGAGAAGAAUUUAGAGCUAGAGACUAGAAACCUGGAGCUAGCAAAGUUUGGGAGCCGGAGAAAAGUAAGGAGCACUGAACCCAUAGAACCCCGCUGGGUUGAAGGGAAGGAGAGAGAAGGAUGGAGAGAGGAAAGUGAUCACGACAGCGGUAAACACAGCGACAACUCACUCAGCCAGAGCGACAAUUGGUCGAUCCGUAAGGAGUCGCCACCACGACAAGAGCAGGGUGGGGACAGGGAGAAGGGGGAUGCGGAAGCUGAAACUAUGGCGGAUUGGAAGCAGGAUGAGAAGGCGGAAGGUUCUAAGAAUGAGCUUGAAGAGAAGGGUAUUCGUGAGGUUAAUCUAACCCCAGGCAGUGGACUGCAGAUGUUUACAGAUACUGAUUCCGACAAAUCCUCUUACUCGGAGAAACAAGAGAAAGAAGAUAAUAGAGAGAUUGGGAGCAAUAAGAAACGGAUUGAAAUAGAAGGAGAACCGGUUACUGUCACAAUUAUAGAAGAUAUUUACACUGCCGAGAGAAAUGUUUCACAGGAGGAGACAGAACUGGUAGAAAAUGAAACAAUAACAAUUGAUUCCUUUUGUAAGAAAUACGGCUUACAGGAUGUUUUGAAUGAUGAUAGUGAACCCACCAAACUCUAUUCCUUAGUCCAAAAAUCCUCCUCCGUAGUCAAAAAACAAGACACCGAACAAUCGGAGGUCACAAACUUCUUCAAAUCGGAGGAUAAACGUAUAAGCGAAUCUACAACUAUCGCGACCUCUGACGAGGAGAUGGAUCUACCGAGUAUGCGACGAACUCCUCGGCCUCCAGUUCGACGUCGAACUCGAUGUGCUCCUGCUGAGCCCCGACCUAAAUCUACCCCCAUCUCAAGAGUGGAAUACAAAAAUAUAUUAAAUAAGAGAUCAUCAGCCGAUGCCAUAAAAGAUAAAUCGGAAUUCAGUCCAGAUUUCAAAAAAGAUACAGAGAAAGAAAGAAAAGAAAAAAGAAACGGGGAAAAUAAAAUUGAGAAUAACGCGGAAGACAAAGAGAACAGCAGAGAAGGCGGAGACAGAGGGGAGAGAAGGGAAAGAGGAGGAAGGAUUGAAAGAAGUAAAAGCUCCGCCGUCUCCCGAUCUUUACCCGCCAAACCUGACCGGAACGGCGUAAGGUCAAAAAAUAUAAUUCAGGAUUUUAGCAGCAGAGAGCCGAGUGUAUCCAGCUAUAGAGAAAGUACAAGUAGAGAACCCAGUGUCAGAGAGCUGGGAAUAAGUAGAGAAUCAAGCGUGAGAGAUAGCAGAGAGCCAAGUGUUAUCAGCUACUUGGAUUUUAGCCGUGAGUCCAGCUUGACAAGUCGGAAGGAUUCUCAGGGACAGAUUAAUAGGAGAGACUUCAACGGUAGCAGAGACUCCAGCAUCAACCAGUCUAGAGUAUUUAACGGUAGCAGAGACUCCAGUAUCAACCAAUCAAGAGACUUCAACGGUAGCAGAGACUCAAAUAUCAACUUAUCUAGAGACUUGAACGGUAGCAGAGACUCGAAUAUCAACCAAUCUAGAGACUUCAACGGUAGCAAAGAGUACAGUAUCAAUAAGUCUAGUAUCAACAACGCUAGAGACUGCAACUCCAGCUUUUCUGACUGGAAUACAAGGCAGAUAGAGCACGGAUAUAGAGAUAUAAGCUCAAGAAAACAGAGACCUGUAAAUAGUAGAGUAGUCUCUAACGGUCAAAGAGGCGGCAGAAGUAGAGUUGAUUCAUUUCGUGACGAGUUGUUUGAAUAUAUGGAUGAGGGAAGGUUAUUGGAUGACUCUAGGGACUAUCUUCAGAGCGCAGGGUCUAAUUUCAAUACACUAGAAACAGUUUCCGCAAGAUCAUUUGGUUACGUUCGGCCGGAGGGAAAAGUGGAAGAGUCAAAAACUAAGGUUAAAAGACACAAAUCCUUCUUUAACUCUGAGAGCUUAAAAUCGAAGAAGAACUCUAUGCUACGAAGAGCAGAGAGUCUGCAUCAAGGACUAGAGGGAGGAUACAGGUGCGUACAGAGGUCCCCAAAACUAUGUGGAACAUAA